AUGAGUUCAAUCAACGCGACAAGCUUGAACCUCAAGCUACUAUUAAUAGGUAACUCCAGUGUCGGCAAAUCAUCGUUAUUACUUCGAUUCACGGACGAUGAAUUUCUAUCGGAUGAGGAGACAGCCGCUACUAUAGGUGUAGAUUUCAAAGUGAAGAGCAUAGAGCUAGAUGGCAAGAAGUACAAACUGUCUGUUUGGGAUACGGCAGGUCAAGAACGAUUCAGGACGUUGACCUCAAGUUAUUAUAGAGGUGCGCAGGUGUACGACGUAUCAUCCUGGCAAACAUUCGACGAAUUGCUGAAAUGGUUCAAGGAGAUCGAUACGUACUGCGGAGAAGGAGUAGUAAAGAUGAUUGUGGGAAACAAGGUUGAUAAAGAAUUUUCGAGACAGGUUACUACCGAUGAAGGGAGAGCGUUUGCCCAACGCAUGGGAGCGCUGUUCGUGGAGUGCUCGGCGAAGACGAAACUAAGAGUUCCGGAAGCGUUUGAGGAGUUAGUAAGAAGAAUAUUGGCAACACCCGCAUUAUGGUCCAAGGCUUCUGCUACACCCUUGCGCAGGUCUGAGCCUAUCAAACUAGAAGAUGACAGUUGGUCUAGCGGAGGUUGUAGCUGUUAA